CAAAAUAAAGCUUCGCAUUUUUUAUUAAUGCAACGAAAAAGUAAUUGUUAAAAAUCUUGUAAUAGAAAAUUUUACAUAAAGUGAAUAAAACAGUUCUUCAAAGGAUACUUUUGCCCUGCAUUAAGGAUAACUAAAUUUCUCAUUUGGAUUACAACAAAAUGAACUUGAAAACCUUAACCUGCCUUGUAUUGCUCCCGCUCACCACUCUAUUGCACAUUGCCGCGUGCGCAGAGGAUGAAAGCUCCACAGAGACCAAUGAAAUAAUUCCACGAGAAGCAAUUGGAAAAUUAGACUACUCCGUAAGACAAGCUCUGUUACGUGCCAUAGAUAAGUUGGAGCGAGAAGCGGCCAAUGACGACUACGACGAAGAAGAUGCUGAAGAUCAGAAUCCCACUGUCGAGGAAUCGCCAACGGUACAAGAUACCAACGAGCUCGCCUCGAAUAACAGCAGCACUGUUUCUACCACCACUUCCAAGGAUGAAAUACUCGAGGAGAGUACCAACAAGGCCGACGUGCAUCCAACUGUACAAUUUUACACCGCCAUUUUCGAUGAGAAACACGCACACGAACAAUCACUGGCCUCGUUCAUCGAUCGGUCGCACUUCUGGAAGAAGGCAAACAAAGCAAAAGCUAACUCAGACACAGCGGCGAUUGACAAUGCUGACACCGUAGCGCACGCUUCCAGCACAUUCGAGAGUAGUCGACAGAGUACGCGCAGUGUCAGCAACGGACACAGUUCAAAUAACGCUGUGCGUUUGAAUGAAAUUUCCGGAGAGAAUUCGGAUGAAGUGAAGUUUGAGAUACGUAAGACGCACGGACUUGCAACGCCGUCAACAUCAUCCACGACUACAACGACGACGACCACAACAACAGCACGUCCUCGCACAACACGCCGUCCACGGCCUACCACCACCACUACAACAACAACAACCACGCCCCGUCCCACGCACAAUGAGGACGGUGAAAAUAUCGAAGUGGUGGAGAAAGAUGACAUACGCAUACAGGAAGCGCCGCUAGUGACCGCAUUCACCGUCGAUCUGGAUGAACGCGGCGCAGCCAAGAAUGUUAUACCCAUUGUGGAUCAACCGAAGAUACAGCGACCACUCAAUGUCCCUCAGUCAUUCCCUGCUGGACCCACUAUAUCGAAGCUAAAUGUUCUGCCCACAAAUCCGCUGUCUGCUGUGCCACAGAGUGAGGCAGUGUACAGUAAUGUUGGACUUGUGGCACCCACUCAAGCAACCAACAUUCUAGCGGCUUCAACAACACCGUUUACUAAUAUUCUGCCAGUGAACAAUUUUAAUACGCAGCCAACUUCCCAAACCGCUGUCGGCGCCAACGGCAAUCCGAGCCAAGAAGGUGUAAGCAAUUACCUAAUCGAACGACAACGACAACUCGAACAACAAAUCUAUCAGCUAAAACUACAAGCACAACAACAACAAGACCUAAUAUUGCGUCAAUUAAAAUUGCUGGAGGAGCAAACGAAAUUGAAUGGCGCGCCGAACCCCACCGUGCAAUCAUUGCCGGCGACGACUACACAGACCUUUACACAACCUAUACAGCAACAACAACAACACCAAGUACAACCGCAUUCGCAAUUAGCUGUACAGCCAACACAAUCUGUGCCACUCUCGCCACCCGCGGUGCAACAACAACAAUCGCAAGUGGUCAGCUUCACCAUACGCCCGUCCGUGGAAUUCGUGCCGAACACGGUCGCCCAAAGUAGUCCAUCAUUUUUCAACACUUUCCCCGUCGAUCAGCAAUUACCGUUACGCGAGCGUGUUAAUAACUUUGCGCACGGCGAGCAGCGCAACAAUUACACGCCGAAUAUUUUGCCAGUGACACAACAACAAUUGCCCAUAAAUGACCCGGUGCAAAAAGUUUUUCAAAAUUUGCAAAACCUGCAGAGCCAAAAUGGCAAUCCGACGCAGCCGCAAGCGACAAAUGCUGCCACCUCGGUGCAAAUACAGGCGUCCAAUCAAUUUAAAUUCGCACCCACCUUUCCGACCGUGGAGACACCGUUAGAGGUGUCACUGUUCCAGGCGUUGCCCCAACACAAUCCCCAGCGCUUCCAUCAGCCACAGCAGCAGCAGCAACAACAAGCGCCGCUAGUGCCAGGCUUUUUGAGUCAAGCGCUUUUGGAACAGCAACAACAACAACAGCAGCAGCAACAGCAACAUCGCUCACGCUUAUUCCGCCAGGAGGCAGGCACGUCCAAUUUCGGCCAAAAGCCGUCAAUCACACAAUUUUCAUCGGUCCAAUCUGUCAUACCCGCGUCAAUACUGAGCCAACAACAGCAGCAGCAGCAACAACAACAGCAACAGCAAACGCUAGAUAAUCAAAAUUUCUAUCGGCAACAUUUGGAUCCGCAAAUUAGCAAUCAACUGCAGCAAAAUGCACAAUUUUACCAACAACAGCAACAACAGCAGCAACUGCAACAACCACCAGGUAAAAUCGCAAGCACAGUGAGUAGUAGCACUAACACCAUCCUUAGCACCAUUAGUAGUAGUCUUAGUAAUAACAUUAUCCAUAGUAGUCGCCUUAGCAGCUUAAAUAACAGUAACAGAGGCUCCGCGCAUUCUAGUUUUAGCACCUUAAGUAAUUCGCCGAGUAGUCUUAGCGGCAAUAAGCCGCCGCACAUUUCUUCUGCACGUAGCUUAAGUAGUAAAGAUAAAUUUCACUAUACAAAUUUUGAAGAACUAAAAUUAAUCGGUAAUGUUUUAGCACUAAACCGUGGCAUUAACAACUUUGCACCGCCAACUUCACAAAACCUACCCUUCGCUGGACGCUUCUAAGUGUGGCACGUACCCGUAGCCGUAGCCGUACGAAUGUACGAUCCACAAACACCAUCUAGCUAGCAAUGCACCGCGCUUUUAACUUGCCACACCAGUCAACCACAUGAUGAUGUCCUUCUGAUGUAAUGGAGUCCUGCGCAGCCAUCAUGUCACCUAGACAACGUAAUAACAACUCAAUGGCUUCAAUAGGAAAGUAAAAUGCACAUGUCCAAUAGCAGCAAACUUUCAGCACAACUAACAAAAUGUAAUUAACAAGCAAAAUGCACUGCAAUGAACUUGUGAAACACUUGUAAAUAAUUCGGUAUAUCUAUGUACGUAGUAAAAAAUACUUUAUUAAGUCAAGGAUUUUUUAUUGAAAACGAGAAUAUCGAGGAAUAUCAAAAUAUAAAAUACAAUAUCAUUAUUUGAUUUGGUUUAGUUGAGCAUGACGCUUCCAGACCUUAUAUAUUUGGUUUGAAUGUGAAUGAAUUUAAUUCUAAUAUACAUAUGUUAUUAGUUGAGUAGUUGAGUACCAUGUUCAAAAUCCUAAGCCUAAUCUAUAAAUCUAUGAAAAAAGUGAAACAUGUUGUAUUUACCGUCUUAGAACUAGUGAACAACUCAACUAAAUCUAGUACAUACAUACAUACAGGUCCGACUUAUCGAAGGCAACAUUUCAGCAACAGCAACUUAAGAAACAUAUUUUUAAAGAUAGAUUCUAAGCCAUCCCGAUUAAAUAUAAUUUGAAAGUCAUCCCUUAAUAUGUUGGUCAAAAUCUAUGAACUAUUUGUGCACAGAUAAGAAUGUUACUACACAAUGUGACAAAAAAGUAUCUGGAAAUUGUAAAUAAAAUGCUAAAUAUUUUAUUAUUCAUCAAUAUUUCUUUUGUCGCCAUCAGAUUUAUUACUCUUAUGCUAACGAUUUUUCUUCCAAACACUUUUCAUAAGCAUUUUUUGGUAUGGCCUUGAGCUCCUUUAGCCAAUUUUGUUUUAUCUCUUCGAUCGACUGAAAACAGGUUCCAAGGAGCAGCAAUUUCAGUUUGGGGAACUAGAAAAAAACACACUAAGCUAAAUCUCAUUGCGUUUUUGGACUUAAAUUCCUGUAAAAUCAAUGAAUUGUUCUUCCACUAUACCGACCGGUUUCGACAGAUGUUCUAAGGCAAACGCCUAAAUAUGGCCAAACAGAACUACUUAUUGACCGUCUGUCUCUCAGGAACAAAUUCACGAUGCACCAAAUCACCAAUAUCAAAAAAAAAUCAACGAAAAAUCACCUUGAUUUUUGAGCGGAUUUAGCGUUGUAUUUUUUUUUAUUUCGGCUCGUUUUUUUUUCUCCGUUCCGAUGAUU